GUAUUUAAAACUAUAUAAGGAUGACACAAGUGUCGCUGUUUCACACGAAUAUUUUAGACGCCGGACAAGAGGAACCCGUAUGUAAACAAGUGUAACAAAAUGGCGGCGCCCUUGCUCAGGUUCUUCGGAAAGGUGAGCAGACAGCUGACGCAGCCAUGGUGUUCAUGCCGGCCGUUUUUGCGUCACGGCUCCUCUCCAGCAGCCGGAUUUCCUCCUUUACAGACGUACUCAGAGGAGGAGGACAUGAUGAGGGAGGCGGUGAGGAAGUAUGCUCAGGAGCGCAUUGCUCCGUUUGUGUCUCAGAUGGAUGAAAAUUCUACGAUGGACCCGGAAGUGAUCAGAUCUCUGUUUGAGCAGGGGUUGAUGGGGAUUGAGAUAAACCCAAAGUACGGCGGUACAGGCUCCUCCUUCUUCUCCUCCAUCCUAGUGAUUGAGGAGCUAGCGAAGGUGGACCCGUCCAUAUCGGUGCUGUGUGACAUCCAGAACACGUUGAUCAACACUCUGAUGGUCAAACUGGGCACCGAGGAGCAGAAAGAGAAAUACCUCCCUCGCCUCGCCUCCGACAUGGUUGGGAGUUUUUGUUUAUCCGAGGCUGGCUCUGGGAGCGACGCUUUCUCUCUGAAGACGCGAGCGGAGAAGCGCGGAGGUCAAUACGUCAUUAACGGAUCAAAGAUGUGGAUCAGCAACGCAGAGUACGCCGGAGUGUUUCUGGUCAUGGCUAAUGCAGACCCCUCAGCUGGUUACAGAGGGAUCACGUGCUUCAUUGUGGAUCGGGACACUGAGGGGCUUCACAUCGGCAAGAACGAGAACAAACUGGGGCUGAGAGCCUCGUCUACCUGCUCACUCGUCUUCGAUAACGUCACGGUGGGUGAGAAGAGCGUCCUGGGUGAAGUGGGUCAGGGAUAUAAAUACGCCAUCGGGAUGCUGAAUGAAGGGAGGAUCGGUAUCGCAGCACAGAUGCUGGGUUUAGCUCAGGGCUGUUUCGAUCACACCGUUCCCUACACCAAGCAGAGGGUCCAGUUCGGAAAACGCAUCUUUGACUUCCAGGCGAUGCAGCAUCAGAUUUCUCACGUGGCGACUCAGCUGGAAGCGGCGAGGCUGCUCACUUAUAACGCGGCGAGGCUGAGGGAGGCGGGGCGACCCUUCAUUAAAGAGGCCUGCAUGGCCAAGUACUUCUCCUCAGAGGUGGCGACGUUAACCACGUCGAAGUGUAUCGAGUGGAUGGGAGGCGUCGGCUUCACCAAGGACUAUCCUAUAGAGAAAUACUACAGAGACUGUAAGAUAGGAACCAUCUAUGAGGGAACGACCAACAUACAGCUGAGCACAAUAGCAAAGUACAUCGGGCAGGAGUACGACUGAACACACACACACACACACACACACACACACACACACACACACACACACUCACUCACUCACUCACUCACUCACUCACACACUGAAAGACUCUUUUCAAGAAGAACUUCAUAAACACAAAUGUAUCUGUAUUUCUUAUUAGGGAGUUAUUUAUAAAAAUAUAAUCACAUGAUUAUUACACUUGAGACAAUUCCACUUAAAAUGAAUAAAGAUAUAUCUAGAAAUAAAUAACACAAUUUAACACUAAUGUGAUAUUGGAUAUAUUUGCCCAUGUGGAAGAUGUCUUUAUUUGUUAUUUAUAAAAUAAAAACACACCUUUGUUCCGAGGCCGAUGUAAACACUGACGUGUUGGGUUUUCUGUUUAAAUUAAAGUUGCUCAUGUUUCAUUUCCUCGUUUAGGUUUUGUCCAUUUCUAGUACUUUUAUGCGAAUCGGUUUCUAACAGUAUUUACUCACGCUGGGGUUUACUCAACGUUCGGUGGCGGCAAAUAAACUGGAGGGAAAAAGUUACAAUUAUUUAUAUAUUUUAGUCCGAAGGAACGUUUCUAAAUAAAAUGCACACAGUGUUUGUUUAUUAAUGUUUUAGCUAACAAGUAAUCGCCGCUUAUAGCUACCGCUCUAGCGUCGAGAUCAUAGGUGUCUAGACUGAUUUAUAUGUAGUUGUAAUAUGGGUGUGAGUCUGUAGUGGGGUUUUUUACUGGCCCAAAAAAACACCACCACCACAUAAUUCUAACGAUGAUUCCGAAUCCAAGUUCAGAGCGAAUGAUUAUGAGCUGAUGAACUUUAUAAAUGAAUCAAAUUCAGUGCCUUUUAGAGUUUACAGCUUCAGAGCAGUAAUCACAGGUUUAUUAUGACUCCUGUAUCAUCACAUCACAUGUUCUGAAUUUCAGCGAAUAAAUAAAACUGAAAUACUGAAACACUUUGA